CUAACAAGCUUUUAGCAGAUUACGGCGUUUGUGCAGCUUACAAAUCGUACAAGUUGGACGAGUUCCAGAAUAUUCAAUCCUACUACGAUCCUCGCGUGGGACAGGGUCUAGAAGGUAGGGUCGCUCUGCAGCGGUCUUUCUCGUUGCAAUGGCUACUCCCAACACUGAAGGAAACGUUGCAAGAAGGGGAAAAGAAACCGGUAGAAUACUAUUUGUACAAUCAGAGGAUGAAGUUGCUGUGGAUACUAUAUGACAAAUACAAGAGAUAUAGUACAAACUAGAACUAACUUCCAUACAAUAUCUACACCAAGAACAAGCUAAGCAAGAAUCGCAUUCGGGUUUUGUUAAGAACUAGUAAUGCUUGUUCUCAAUGUUUGUCACUUGGCAGUUCUACGAGAAGGUCAUUCAAGGCCAACUUUCUAAUUCUUUUCAUCAAUUCAUCCUACCUCGACCAUCUGCUAGGUAACAGAAACUGUC